UCUUAUAAUACAUUAAAAAUUUCAAGAUAACUAUGACAAGUCGACCAUCUCAAAUAUAUACAUAUUAGUUAGUAUGUUUGUGUGUAUAUAUAUAUACACCAUUUGGUUUUGUAUAAAGAGAGAAUAUUGAGAAGGGUGGUUAAUUAACAUUUGGAAUGGGUAUCUGCAUAUCCAAAGCAUCUCCAGAGAUUCAUGAGAUAGACUAUGGUCAUGAAAAUGUUAUUUAUUACCAAGACACCAUUUGUGAUCAAAAGAUAGGUUCAAUCCACACUCAUCAAGGAUCUAAAGGUUUCAACCAAGAUGCUGCCAUUCUUUACCAGGAUUAUGGAAUGGACAAUGGAGCAUUUGGUGGUGUUUUUGAUGGGCAUGGAAGGAAUGGUCAAAUAGUGAGUAAAUUUGUGAGAAACAAGUUGCCAUCAUUAAUUAUCAACCAAAGAAAUGCCACCAUGAUGAAGGGUAAAACAGUAAAUUAUGAACAAGAUGAGUUUGAAUCCAAAGAUUUCCAUAUUUGGAAAGAAGCAUGUUAUAGUGCCUUUAAAGUCAUGGACAAGGAGAUCAAGCUUUUGGAGCAUAUAGAUUGCUCUUGUAGUGGUACAACUGCAGUUAUUGUCAUCAAACAGGGUGAUGAUCUGGUUAUUGCUAAUCUUGGUGAUUCAAGAGCAGUGCUUGGAACAAUGGCUGAUAAUGGAAUUACCUCUGUGCAGUUGACCAUUGAUCUCAAACCAAGUGUACCUUCGGAGGGGGAUCGAAUAAGGAAGUUAAAUGGUAGGGUGAUGUCGUUAAAAGACGAACCACAUAUAGAUCGAGUGUGGUUGCCAUAUCAUGACUCACCGGGCCUAGCCAUGUCUCGCGCUUUUGGGGAUUUUGUACUCAAAAGUCACGGUAUCAUAGCCGUUCCUGAUGUCUCCUAUCACCGAUUGACCCCAAACGAUCAAUUCAUCGUUCUUGCAAGUGACGGGAUUUGGGAUGUGCUUAGCAACAACACCGUAGCAUCCAUAGUGUGGGGAGCAGAGAGUGAAGACUCAGCAGCAAAAGAAGUAGUUGCAGCCGCAACCGCAGCUUGGAAACAGAAGUUCCCUUCAUCGAAGAGGGACGAUUGCUCCGUCAUCUGCUUAUUCUUCCAUAAAAAGAAGCAACAAGACUUGGACUUGUAGUACUCGAAACCUCUUUGACACACUCGUGACAUACACAACUUCCUACAUUUGUGUUAUUUGUUUCAUGUAUAUGUGAAAAGAUAGUCUCAUGAUAAAGGGUGAAUAGGUUUUUGAUAUGAUAUUAAAGUUUCAAUAUGAUUAUAUUAUUAAAACUUAAAUUAAA